CUUCUCGCGAGAGGUGAGAACUUCGUUGAGGAGAUUAAGUUCCAAAGUUUUGGUCUUGUUUAACUAAUUAUAGCAAGUGUGGUAUUUAUUUGCUGACAAACGUUAGAAGAGUGUCAUGGCGAUUAUAAUGUCUUGAACAGCCGGACACUGCUUCAUUGUGACUUUUUUCAGCAAGAAAGAAGAAAUGUGACUUCCGCAUCCGUUAAAUCCGAUUUCGCGGGUCAGCAUGAAACAGCGUUGAGUCGUUGUAUUAAUGGAAAGAUGUCAACCAACGAGAGCAUUAAAGUCACCACCCUGCGACAUCCAGGCACAAGCAUGUCUCUGCUGUCCAUGGUUGAGCAAGCUAUCAAGACAUGCAAAGCUGAACAAGCCAAGAUUAAUGCCAGUAUUCAGUUCUACAGAGACAUAUUACAGACCUUAACACCUCAACCAAAGACGGGCUCUGAGGAGUCAGACUGUGCAGAUGAUGCUGCUGCAGACACUGAUACAUCACCAGGGGAGAAAGAGGAUAUGGAAUUGCUUGAGCGAGCCCUGGAGAAAGCCCUUCGGGUCCGCACUGGUACAGGACCUUCUAAAAAAGAUUGUGACAGAAGCAAACAAUCUGCAUAUCGAAAGGAACCAGGCACUACAGUUGUCACAUCCAAAGAGGGAAUGCAGGCAUCUGCGGCUUCUAAAGGAAAUCAGACCACCACCAGAUCAACCUCUAAAUCUGCCAGUCUUGACAGAAAAGAGCAUAAAAAGCCUGCUGGGAUUGUGCAUCAGCACGCAGCAAGGAAAUCACAGCAGGGCGUCUCAGCAUCUGGUCCUCUUGAUCAGGGUCAGUUACACACUUCAACCCUCCACUCUAAAAACAAGGCUAUUAGAAGCAACGUGCUCAGUGGCAAAGCUGCAGCUAUCUGCACACCUUCCUCAAAUAACACAGUGCCUGUUUCACAUACAGAGGAGUCUGGAGCUUGCAGUUUACCUCGACAGAAUGAGAGAGCUUCUGAUCAAACAGCAAAAUGGAAAUCUCUAAGGAACAAGCAAAACAGGUUAUGGGACAAAGUUGUUGCCCUACAUAGGAAACCUGUGCCUGGGAGGAGUCACUUCAUGGAGAGACUGAGAGCUACGUUCCCCAAGGAUUGGCCGUGUGGCAGCCCAGAUCAGACCAGGGCUCUGGUCGACAGACUGACUCACCAAGGGCAUGACCUCGCCCAGCACUACCAGACAAAGGAGCUUCUGGCCAGACAGACCCCAGAAGCAGCCAAACAGCUAGGUGGUAAGGAAAACAAGUAUGACUCCUGUCUGACACUUGAAAGGUUGCAGAUAGCAGUAGCAGAGCUCCACAACUUUGCAGAUCAAGUGAAACAAGAGUGGGAAGCAUGGGAUCGAUGGAGGCCAGAGGGAGGCUGUCUUUGCCCCACUGGGACAAAUGUUGUGUGGGGAGAUGGGAUGAUUGCACCCCUGCCCCUGACUAUAACCUACACAACAGAGGCAGAGCUCCGAGAGCUGGAGAAGCUGAGGAUGAGGGUGGCACUGCUGCAGCAGGAGAUUUACCUAGAGCAGGCUCUGUUGGACACUCUGUCCCCUCAGCUUUCGUCUAUAGUACCUGGAACUGGAUGUCCCAACAUCAGUGUGCUGAGAGACUUGUACUCCCUGCUGGGGGAAGGAGGGGAGCGUUUCCCUGCCAUAGUCCUGGACUCUGAGACUGACUGACUACAGAGCAUAUUACACAGAUUUACCAGUUUAUAAAGUACUCUGUCCGACUCCAUUUACACACAUAAGAGAAAUAAAAUAUUAGAAACACCUCUCAGUAUAAUGUAAUCCAGUGCAACACCAUUUGACUCAUACUCUUCUGACACUGUCAAUAAAACUAGAACAUUAAGUUAAAAAAAAAAUUAGAUUCACUGCAGGACCAUUGUAUUGGAUUGCUUUGCAUGUGUACUUAAUAAAGAUUGCAUGUCAGUGUAUAUUCAUCCUUGAAUCAAGAAUCAAGGUGAUUUUUGUGAAGAAUCUGUUGUUUUAGUUUGCUGUGACUAUUUAUUAAGUGUCUAAUGCCAUGUAACAAAAGAACAAGAUUGUUAUUGUUUAUCAUUUUUCUUUAAUGUUGUUCAUGACUGUGAAGUACUGUAGUUACAAUUUUGUCACUGUCCUAUGAAAAUCAUUUAUCUCCAAAAAGGUUGAGCUAAAAAAAAGCCCUGUUUUCAGCAGAUAAUCCAGUGGGUUUUUAAGUGGUUUAUUUAGCUUUAGAAGCAGCAGAAUGUUCUCAACCCAUAAAGGAACACUAAACCCUUCAGUUUAUCUGAAAUAAUUAAAAUCACCACAUUUGGAGGCACAUGGUUUUCAAUGGCCAGCAACGAUUUAUAAAUGCUGACAUAAAUCUGUAUAUCACAUUUACUACAUGAUAUCAGCAUGUGCCAGAAAUAUUUCACAUUCUGGAUAUUUAUAAUUCCAGUUUGUCUUCUCAUAAAUUUCAAUUUGAACACCAUAGGUUUUAUUUUUCUAAUUGUUCAAUGCUAUUUUCAUGUUUAAAUUACAUUUUGUUGUGUAAUUGUACUUCAUAAGAAUUAAUACCUAGAAUAAUGUGUAAUGGAAAAACUUAACCUGGAGUCAGUAAUGGAGCUCUUGCAGCACUGACUGUACCAGCAGGUGGCACUCAAUUCACAGAAGAAGUGACCAUAGAACACACUGGCAGCUGUCUAAUGUUAAUCACUUGUUUAGUUACUACUGUUGCAUCAAACGCAAUCAAUAACUUGUCAGUCGGAUUCAGUCCGUGACCUAGAAUUAAGUGGGGAAUUAAGACACAAAAUACGAAGUAAUGGUUACUAAUCAGUGUGCUGCAUGACUGUGAGCCUGCUGGUCUGUGGAUUUAAGUGAUGUAAAGGAACAAUGGAAGUGUUUCAUCCUAUUUUAGUCCUGUCUUUCACUGAGAGCAGCAGGGAUGCCAUGACUUCAGGCUCAUCCUCCAUGUGUUCCACUUUCUUCCUACUGUGUGGCAAAUCAAGAGUUUCUGAGGCGCUCACAGUGUGAAUGAUUGUGCUUGUUAGACAUGAGAUGUUUUAGUUCACUGUGCGUAGUGUCAACCGUGACCUGGAAUGAUCAGGAAGAAGUAAUGAAACAAGGGAAACCCCCAUACUCUACCAUAGUCUUUGAUUUCCAUGCUGGGCUUUUUUAUAAUCUGGCAUACAUUGAAUGAUAGAUAACACGUAUGGGGCCGAUAUUUUGCCUCCGUGAUCUGAGAAUAUUGGUAAUCGUGGGUUUGCCUGCCACAAAUGUGAUGUGAGGGCGUAUGUGAGAUGCAGGAGGCCUCUGCCUAGAAGGCUCGUGUCCACAGAUGACGUGUGGAUGGCACGGACUGUGCCGGUCUGGGCGACAGGUGGCGCUGGGUGCACACAGCAGGACGUGGGUGUUUGAUCCCUGCUGCACUAACCCUCAUGUAAACGCAGGCACAUGCACACCCAAAGGCGACUGAGUCACAAAGACGUUGAGGGCCUGGCUUUCUGUAUGCUGCAAGCUGGAAGUGGCAUGUUUUUCCUGAGGAGAGGAAUAAAAAGAUUAGAAAAGGGAGACAACUAUUUCAGCUUCACAUUGUCUGUUACCUGUGUCAAUGACUGAAGCAACUGCUCCUGGCUUAAAUCAGAAAUACACUCACAAAUGUUCACAAGAUCUCUUCCGUUCCAUCACCAGAAGUGUCUCACCCCUCGUGGAUUGCAGCCAAGUCUUCUACAGGACUGUAGCAAUGUGCUGCAAGCUUCUGGUCCGCCCAUACAGUCUUUGAUCAGUGUAUGUGAAGGGAGUAAAGGAGGAGGCAGGGAAGCAUCCUUGAGAUCACGUCAACACUACACACAGGUCCCAUAGGGAGUGGCGCCUACGCAUCUCAGCCUUCCUGUGGCCUGCAUACAUCAGCUGCUGCCUGGCUCUGGCUGUCACCAUCAGAGCUCUUCCACUCCCACCAACAUGGCCUGGCCCUGCCCAGGUUACCCAUGUCUCACGCCUUUGUCCCAUUUUUCUCACGCCUUCUUUUUGUCAAAUAAUGGAAGAUCUAAGGCAAUUUUACUUUCCAUGGAAGAAGCUUCAUUUUCUUUCCCAUGUCAGCACUGCUGUAUAUCACAUAAUCUCACAUGGAGAGGGACAGAGUUGAAUAGUCUUUUCUUUGUCGUACACAUUCCUUCCUACUUGUUCACUUUUUUUCACCCUUUUCAUUUUCGCUUUUUUUUUUUAGCCUUAGUCCACUACAGUGCUGGAGUCCAAGUACAAAUCCACAGAAACCGAACAGUGCUACCAAGAAUCCACUUCUCUCCUUCAAAUGCCCAUUGCUAUUGAACAUCUCUUUUCUCCUCUUUUCUCCUGCACCCCCCCCAACACAUUCCUCACUUCCCCUCGUUUACUCCUCUUUUGCUCAUCUACAGCUCUGUUGCCCAUUGAGCUACAGCAGAGACUGUUAAGUCAGUGUGGUCAUCAAUUAGGUUGUAAUAGGGUUUAUUAUUUAAUUUCCUCCACCAUUCAGCCAUUCUAAGCCAGCUCCCUCCGUCAAGUUGAAUUUUUCUGUCAAGGCAAAGAAUACAGUGUCUAAACUAAGGAGCAGUUGUCCUGUGUGCAGACGGAGGCAUGUUUGGCAUUUAUAUAAGAAUAUUAGGUAUCUCUUAAUCUAAUGUGUGCCUUGUGGGCAUUAAAGAGAAAGAAUCCUUUGAUCUAAUUAUGAAAACCUGUUGCUCAACUGAAGUCAUGUUAGUGUUUUACAAAUGCAUAGAGAUGUUUUUUAAAUCCAUAAUUCUUAUUGAUUGCUGUGCUGUCCCACACCCACAUCUCUGCUCCUUGGAUACUCAAGAUUUCAUGGAUAAAUGGUUUUUAUGCCUGCAAGAUUUUAGACCUAUCGUGUGGUCAAAUAAUUUUCUGGGACGCAGCUUUCAUGCAUAUCAAAGAGCCCUGUUGAAUGAAUGAUAAAAUGAUGCCAUAGUAUAAGCAGUAAUUCCUGAAGAUAAAAACAUAGACAUUCCACUGUGUACACACAUUUAUCUUUCCCUUUUGUUGCAUUUUUUAGAUGUGGAGGAGUGAGAUUAGCAAGUUUAGGAGAAGAGAGCUGUCUGGAUUGAUUUUCUUUACAUGGAAGAGAGAGACGAGCGUACUGGGGGAUUAACUACUACUAGGUUGCCUUCCAUUCAGAAAGGACUGGCACCAGCAAUCUGUGUGGGUGGGAAAGGAGUGGAGGCUGCCUGUCUUUUUCAUGAGUGUGUUUCUGUCACGUGUGGGCAUGCUCAUUAGUGUAUUUACACUUUAAUUAUAGAGGCACUGAAUAUUUGAUGUCCUCCCACAGAUCAGUGUCUUCAGGUGUCUGCAUGCACAUAAAAGGAGGAAUGUGUGGGUGGCCAUAGGAUUCCUGUUUGCUGUUGAUGUCCACACAAGAAUUGGUGGGGUGCAAUGGGAACACCAUUAAUGUAUACUUGCCAUAUGGAGUUGACACAUCUGGGUGCCCCUUCCCUCAUCAAGUACAUGGAAAAAGUAGCUUUCUAAUCUGAGAUGAGGGAUUCCCCUUUCUCCUUGGAUUUCCAGUCAGCAGUAGGCUUCUGUAUUCCCCAGAAGAGGCUUUUGUACUGCAGGAAAACAAAACAAAAAAGACUGCAAUUGAGAGGCAUUAAUGGGGAGAUGAAGAAAAGAGGGAGCAGUUAACUCUUCUCCCCUCCCCCUUCCUAUGCUUCAUCAACCCCUGCUUCAAUGUUUGACGUCACACAAAAGAAGACCAAUCACAGCACUUGGACAUCCCCGUUUUUUUCUUCCCUAGCUCCUCCCCUUCCCAUGGUCCCUUAUAUAUCCCCCGCCACUACAUUCAGCAGAGUGUACAAUGUGCUGCCAGAGAGCCAGCAGGCAGUGUACAGAGAAACAGCCAGAGAGGGAGGGAGAGAAGGGGAAAGUGUGAGUGGAUUUCAGCACUGACUUAGAAGCCUUCAUCUGACUUGCUCCAGCUAUUCCUGCUCCAGUUAUUUCUCCGGUCUCAUAUAGACCUCCUUCUCCUUUCUCUCUUUUUUUGCCUGUCUCUUUUUCUUUUUGUUUCUCCAGGCUAGAGCUUACUACGAACAGGAUCCAAGAGGCCAACGCUACAGCCUUGUUUCAGGAUCCACCAGCCCACACCAUCAAGAUGGGUGGCACAACGGGCCACCUGGCUUGCCAAACCCAGCCCCAGACCAACUCGGGGCAGGAGGGUCAGUCCCUGGAGGCCGGUGGUGCCAAAGUCCCUGAGGUGCUCUCCUCUCUGGAGCGUCUGUCGCAGGCCACUGGAGGCAUGGAGAAGUCCUGGUACCGCUGCAUCUUUCCCUUUGGAAUCAUCUCUUUGGUGAUCGGUGUAGCAGGAACGGGGGUGACCUACACCUAUAAUGACUUGCCUCAGACUAAAGUGGUGUCAGUGGUGCUACUUGUCAUGGGUCUUUUGCUGUUGCUGAUGGCCACCGCCUGUUGGACUGUCCACAAGAAGAAGAGAAGGAAAAAGAAAGAGGGAGGCUCGUUCACCUCUGAGCAGUGUCCCCUGUGAAGCACAUGGGGAAAGCAGUGAUAAGAACUCCAAAGCAGAGACAUAGCCAGGGCUCGGAGCUCAAGGGUUGGCUAAAGAAGCCGCCACUUCACCUCCUCCCAGCACCAAAUCCCCUCUAUUCUUUAUCACAGAGUUUGGCUCAGGUCAUACCGGAGAGAACUUGGGCUGAGAAAUCAUAGAGAGUGGAAGGACAGAUAGGUGGGACAUGAGGAUAUGUUUAGUCUGCGAAGUUUGGACCAUUUUGUAUUGUCAAGGAGGGAUCACCAAUGCCUCACACGUUUUUUUAUCGUCAGACAGCAAGUGUCCAGUGUCAAAACAACCUCGGAGGAGGCACACAAAUAUGCAUUGCACACUGCAUGCAUAUUUACACGCACGGAUACAUGGCCCUCGCAAUCGUCACUCACAUAUGCACUAGCAGUCACAGUGGGAGCUCGCGCAGACACCUAACACCCUAUGCAGAGCGGCUGCUGGAGUCAAUGCUGGCGUCACUAGGCACGUCAGUCACAGCAUUCCUCUUUCCAGGACAGGUGACUCUCCAAGAGGCCAGAAGUGGGCCAAAGACGGCAACCUGAUACCCAGCCGAAAGAGCAGCGCACCCGCGUCAGCGGCAAGCGUCAUUCACUCGUCCUGUGACACCGCAGCAAUGUGUUGGGGGCUUUUUUUACGCAAUGGGAGAGUGGAACUUGAGUCCAGUAGGAUCUUACUGGCAUCUGUGUGGACGAUGAACUGGAGAGGGCAGGGGACCUGCUGGGGAAGUGGAAGGUGUUUGUAUGUGCUCAAAUAAAGAUUCUGGUUAACUGAAAGACUGUUGGACCUUCACUACUAAGGAACAAAAGAUUUGCACAUAUUGCCAUGACCAUGCCAAGCAAGAGAAACUUUCAGUCAAGCAAAAUACUCUCAAAGGCCUUUUGUAGCUUCAGCUUCAAAUUACAAAGGAGUGGGGCACUUUCUUUUUGUCAAUAUGCGAGCAUUUAUGUCCAGCCUAGUGUCUUUGUGGGGCAGGGCAGGCCAGGAUUAUUGAAGGACACUGCCUGAAGGGACAUGACACUGCAGGGACACUUUGACUGAUCCUGCUCCCCUACAGCCCCUCCCGCUUGGUGCCUUGAGUAAGCACUCAUGGAAAAAGGCUCUGUCGCAUUCCCCUGUUUCCAUCUGAACCCCUGAGAAGGUCCCCUCUUGUUCUAUCCUCCUCCAUCCUACAGCCCCAGUUUCUGACUUGAUCCCACUCAUUUCCCCGUUGUGAUAUAGUCCAGUAGGAAGUAUGUACAGCCUUUUGACACACAAGUUAAGACACACACACAUGUACACACAUCCACAGACAUUUGUCUUUAUCUCUCUGUGCCAAAGAAAGUGGAUUAUUUUCUCUCUCAUAGUGGAAAGAAUAUUGACUGAGAGUGAGUGGCAAAUCCCUUUGUCAGUCUGAAAAUAGGGUACAAGGCUGUUCUCUAGUGAAUACUGCUUUAACGUUUAUGCUCUGAGUGACUCUGGGGUUUCCCUUUCCUUCACUUUUUCUUUUAGAGAGAAUGAGUGAAUGUAGAUGUGCUCAGCUCCACAUCUGUGAAUAGGGGCUUUCUGUUGGUGUGUGGUCUCACAGGAUGAGACACACAAUGGCAUUUUAUUCUUGUCUUAAAUAUUCUCAUUUCUGUCACUUGCAACGUUUGUCAUGUAAAGGAGUGCGUACUAGCACUCCUUUACCCUUGUGAACCACAUUGAUCACUGUUGUGUCGAUUCUGGCUACCAGAUUAGUGACGCUUGUUGCUGAGUAAAAUGUGUCUAUGCAUCCAGAGGUAGCAGUUGACGCACAAUGCCAAAGACUGUCCUGAAGGUCAGCUUGCCAAUACAAGGCUGCAUCUGCCUGUCUGCUUCAAUAGACAUGAAAUGCAUCAGUCCUUUCUCGCACAUUUUUUGCAGCUCAGUGUGCAUUAAGACGUUCUGUCGCAUACUGAUACUGACUGUCAGCCAAACUCUGUUAGUUUAAACAAAGGGAAGAAGGAACAAAAAGGAGCUAAUGGUGGAAGACAAAAGCAGAACCUGGGAAAUAAUUUCUUUCACUUUUAUGUGGGAGUGGGGAGCUGUUCCCGAUCAGCCAUCCUGAACAGGGCAGUAUUAUUCUUAGGGGAUAUGAUGUAUUACUGGCAACAGCAGUGAAAAUGCUGAGUUAACUGAAGUGGAGUAAGUGUUCUUUGAACCCUUAUCUUCUGACAAAAAAUAGGACUAACAUAGACUAAAAUAGGACUGUAUGACCACAUCAGCCCUUAAUUACUUUCAAGGUAAACUUAAAAGGAAAUGCUCAUGAAGAGUAUUUAUGAGUAUUUUUAUUUAGCUCAAUGCACGGGUGACCUCUGAACAGUGAGACAAGAGAGAAGCCCCAGUAUUAAAAUACAUUAGAUUAUGACAUUGACAACCUACGCACGCUUCUACUAUGCCCUGAAUUUUGGCUUGUGUAUCAAUGCAAUUUGCACAUGUAUAGUAUAGAUUUACUAUGUAGUACGUUGUGGUUGCAUAGCUGUACUAUAGCUGUAAUUUUCAAGCUAUAUUGUGCCUGUGUGUUGACACUACAAAUCGAUGGCAGGUGACCAGAAUUUGUUUGUUAGAGAUGUGAAGUGAUUUCCCUUCUGCCUUCUGAAAAAUUAAAGGGAAAAUCUACCUCUCUCUGCUGCAUGGGAAAUAUGUCCCUCAUUCAGUAGACAGCCAUGCUGCCUGCCUAUGCUGUUCGUCACUCCAGUGAGUGACACAAAAUAUGUUUCUUUGUGUGCCCUCUAAUAUUUGGUAAUGUAUAUACGACUAUUUUAUAUUUUUACUGUGUAUUUCUACUUAUAUGUACAUUUUAAGUGUUGUAUUAAAUAAAUGUUAUGUGAACA